AUGCAGUUCAAGUCGAUAGCCGCUGCGCUCCUCCUGCCCCUGGUGGCCGUCAACGCCCAGAGCAGCCUCAGCACCAUCACCAUGACAUCGACACAAACCCUGACCAAGACGAUCAGCUUGACCCGCGUCUCCACCGCCACCGUCUUCACCGGCAACAGCACCGUCGCACCAACAGGCACCGGCAGCGUGUCCACGCGCGUACCGACCGUUAUUCCCACCGCCACCUCGCCGCCGACCAUACCAGGGAAUCCCGCCUCAGCCCUCCAGGUUUCCAGCCUUGCCUAUGCUGGUGUCGCCGGUCUUGUCGCUGCUAUUUUGUUGUAA